AAAUAGUCUCUCCUAACAGACACAAUAAAGUUUAGAGCUGGACGCUUGCAGGCAGGCAGUAGGCGCAAAAGCAGACCGCUAUGUGUUGUUGCUGCUGCGCUAACCACACGGAUUUACCAACGGGAGACAAUACAAGAAGGAUUAUGGGAUUAACCAUGCGUUUUUAUUGAUUUACGCAUAGGAUGGUUUAAUUUGUGCUACGCGCUUUUAUUUACGCACGCUGUUUUUAUGUUAUUUUAAUGUUUCAGAGUUGGAUACUAUAGCAAUCAAAACGCACGCGCUCCACUCUUGCAGCACUCGUAACACGCGCCGCGGUUUCCAGAGCGACCAGACCUAACUUUGCGUUUGAGGAUUGUUUCCACUGUGCCAACAUUCAACAGAGGGACACCCGCGCUCAGUGUCGCGGUGAUUCCCGGGAUGAUGGCAGCGCUGUGCGGGGCAGCCCUGCUCCUGCUGUCCGGGCUGGUAGCUCCUCUCCUCGGCGUCCGGGCUUUCGACGAUGAGGUAGAGGAAAUGACCUGUGACCCGAUCCGCAUCAGCAUGUGCCAGGGUCUCGGUUACAACGUUACCAAGAUGCCCAACCUGGUCGGCAACGUGCUGCAGUCGGACGCGGAGCUGCAGCUGACCACGUUCACGCCGCUUAUACAGUACGGCUGCUCCAGUCAACUCAAGUUCUUUCUGUGUUCAGUCUAUGUACCAAUGUGCACAGACAAGGUGCCCAUCCCCAUUGGUCCAUGUGGAAGCAUGUGUAAGUCUGUCAAGAGAAAAUGCCUUCCAGUGCUCCACGAGUUUGGUUUCAUUUGGCCCGAGGUGCUCAACUGCAGCCUCUUCCCUCCUCAAAACGACCACAAUCACAUGUGCAUGGAGGGCCCGGGUGACGAGGACCCGCCUUACCAGCCUGUACGGCAUCCGCCCCAUCAGGAGGAGUGUCAGGCUCUGGGAUCUGCACCCGACCAGUACACCUGGCUAAAGCAGACAGAGACCUGCACCCUGCAGUGUGGCUACGACAGCGGGCUUUACAGAAGAGGAGCUAAAGUCUUCACAGAUGCGUGGAUGGCAGUGUGGGCUGUGCUGUGCUUCCUGUCCACCACUCUGACUGUUCUGACCUUUCUGCUGGAUUCACAGCGCUUCUCAUACCCCGAGAGGCCAAUCAUCUUCCUGUCCAUGUGCUGCAACCUGUACAGUGUAGCCUACCUGGUGCGGUUGACUCUGGGAAGGGAGCGUGUUUCCUGUGACCUGGAUGCCACAGCCGUACCAAUUCUAGUCCAAGAAGGGUUAAAGAGCACCGGCUGUGCCAUAGUCUUCCUUCUCCUCUAUUUCUUUGGCAUGGCCUCCUCGCUCUGGUGGGUGAUCCUGACUCUUACCUGGUUCUUGGCUGCUGGACUGAAGUGGGGCCAUGAGGCUAUUGAAAUGCACAGCUCCUACUUCCAUAUAGCAGCCUGGGCCAUCCCGGCUGUAAAAACCAUAGUGAUCCUUAUAAUGAGGCUGGUGGAUGCAGAUGACCUGACAGGACUCUGCUAUGUUGGCAACCAGCAGCAAGAGGCGCUCACCGGCUUUGUGGUGGCACCACUGGCCACAUAUUUGCUUAUAGGGACUCUGUUCAUCUGUGCUGGCCUCGUGGCUCUCUUCAAGAUCCGCUCCAAUCUGCAGAAGGAUGGAGCCAAAACAGACAAGCUGGAGCGUUUAAUGGUCAAGAUAGGGGUGUUUUCCGUUCUCUACACUGUCCCAGCCUCCACCGUGAUUGGCUGUUACCUCUACCAGCUCUCUAACUGGGGGGAGUUCAGAGCCAGCACCCAAGACUCUUAUGUGGCAUCAGAGAUGCUUCGGAUCUUCAUGUCGCUGCUUGUUGGCAUCACGUCAGGCAUGUGGAUCUGGUCAGCGAAAACCCUCCACACCUGGCAGCGCUGCUCUGCCCGCCUGCUCAGGGACAGCAGAGCGAGCAGAGGGGGCAAGAGAGCGCCGGGUGAGGGAUGGAUCAAACCAGGGAAAGGAAAUGAGACCGUGGUGUGAGGAGUGUGAAAGACAGAUAAGAGAGGAAUGGACUUCUGCCUGCGUUUUUCGCUUACAGAAACUGAAACUGCUGCACAAAGAAGAGAGAGAGCAUAAAAGAGAAGAAAUGUGUGACAAAGGAAUGCAGCAGUUUCUCAAAGAAGCCACUGGAUGUAUUGGCAUCAUAAAAGCUUUGCUGCCUGACCUCCUCCAAGUGACUCUGUGCCUCUGUCCAGAGUUGAGUAGAAGACUGGAAGAUCUGGUCAUAUGGUUAACCACAGUAGCCUCUCUACCUCUGUUGGACUUUUACCCAGAGAAACAGAGAAAGCAAAAGAAGUGAAGGAGAAACAGAGACAGGAAGGGCAGAGCAGAAGCAUCAAUAUGCAGACCAGACACACCGAUAAACUGUGUAGCACCACGUCUACCUCUCUGCCACUCACUUCUCCUCAGCAGAACAUACUGAGUUUGCCAGAUUCAGUAACCUUUACACCCAUGUACCUUUUGUGGGACUCUAGAGGUUUUCAAUUUUACACUGGAGGGUCCAGAGGCAGACAUAACACAGAUGAAGGUUUUAUGUUUUUUAUGUCUACACAGCAAAAUGAAAAAACAACAAAACAGGCUAACAGACCAAAAAUAAUCCAAAUCUAACAAAACAUAUCAAAUACUGCCUUAAAUCUGUGACAUGGAUACUUGGAAUACUAUUUUACACUUUUAUAAAUGAUCAAUUUUUGUACCAUAUUAAAGAGCAGAUGAUUUAAGUGCUCAAAAGGUUUUGGGAACGCAGCUCGAAGCUGUAAUAAUGCACUAUAAAUAUGCACCAUAAGUGAAUUUUUUGUGCUCGUCAGAAGUGCAUUAGCAGGGAAAGAAGCGAUGAGACUUAAAACAAAUCACAACACAGUAUAUGAAUAUGCAGAGCCUUAAAUGCAAGGAGUUAGGUCAGUUUUUAUCAUAACUGCAGCAGAAAGCAGUUCGUCCUGUGGUUUUCUGCUCAAAUGGGUAAAGAGUAAUUCACAAUGACUUUCAGUUUGAAGGCGGACAGAAAAACAAAGAGUAUUCUCAAUAUGGUCUGUAGAUUAGGGUCUACAAACCAAAGUCUGUGGUUGCAAUGAAGUCAUACCGCAAUGAAUCCUGGGUUGACCCCCAGCUGUGCCUUUUAAUGUUUGAGCAGUGAGGCCUCUGGGAAAUGAAGGCCUGUGUGUUUUACCUCAGCAGACUUUGAGAAGCUAACUUCCAAUGAUGUGUGCAGCCUUUUUGGUACUGUAUAUGCUCUCCAGUUAUCAUGAAAUCCAGGAAAUUAAAUUAUUGCCUCUGCCAUCUUUUCAAAACAUUGGACACGAGGCUGGUUGAAUAAUUAAAGGUUAUUAGACAAUCACUUGCCAAAAGACACAUUAUGCAAUAACAAAGAGCCGUCACAGAGACAUGCACAUAGGAGGGUGAAGUUCCCAUGGAUAUCAUUGUGAUAUAUACGUAGGAGCCAAAUGUUAUGGUCCCUCUCAGCAGGUUUGUGUGCAGGUUCUUUAUAUGUUCACUAGUGUAUUCAGACUGAAAUUGGCACUAUGGAUUUAACUUGUCUUACUUAGUCUGUCAGUCUGAUGCGCUCAUUGGCCUGCUGCCUGCCUGUUUCCCCUUAACCUGCUGCAUUAUGGCACAUAUCCCAGACAAUCAGGUCAUCCCUGGAAAAGAUGAUUGUACUUCACAUUUCAGAAUUUCAUGGAUGACAGAUACAGGAUUUCUUGUUGUGAAUUAUAUUGGUUCUUUACCUCCCGCCAUUUCAAUCUUGCAGGUCUUCUCUGCAAUUGAAUCUGCUAUAUAAAACCUUUGACAACAAUGAGUAGUUCUUCAUCCUGGCUUAUAGCUGAAUUCACCAAAUCCUACAUAUGAUCCUGUGUACCAUAUAUUUGCCUGACAAUCUGCCUAGCAAAGGUCUUGCGUUUCAGUGAGUCUUUGAAUGUACAAUACAUGAGUUGUGGGUCAAGUUACAGUGUCUACAUUUAAGUAGAGCAAGGAAAACUUUGGGUUUGGACAGUUGAAAUGUACAAGGGCAUGAGUAAUUUGGAGUUUUGCCCUCAUGUGAAACAAGAUAGUGCCUCCCAUUGCCCGUCCCAGGUAUUUUUAAAAUAAAUGUGUAAAAUGGGACAGAAACUAAAAAGUGCUGAAAGUGUGGGCUGCUUUUCUCCCAACACAUGUUUAAUGUAACAGCAGCCUUAUUGCGUUCAAGCUACUUUGGGUGGUUGUGGUGAAGCAUAGAACCCUGAAAAGCCAGUGUUUCUCAAAGCAGCAUACCACAGCACACUUAUUACAUUUCUGAAGUCAAACAAACAUUACACUGACUCAAAGAGAAUUAAAUUAACCUCUGACCACCUCCCCUCUGAGCUAAUGCAGUUUCCCCGCUUAAACUUCCAAGUAUGUUGGCUUCCUGCUCUCGUAUGACCACGCUGAGCUUCAGGUGACAUUUCCAAACAAUCACUGAAUAGUUGUGGCUUGAAACAUGGUGAGUGUGUGCCACAGCUUAAUGAAGAUUGAGAACCACUGGUCAUACAGAUCUUUGAAACGCUUUAUACAAGCCCAGAUGUGAAUCAAGGCUGGGGUCGCUGAUUGAAGCCUUCAAGGUUUAGACUGUUGCUCUGUGCAGAGAACUCAUGGUGUUGAUGAUGUCAUCAGUGUAUUAUAAAGAAAUUGCUAAUUUAUCCUUGUAAAAAAAAUUGACAAAACUUUUAAAACUUGUUUGUUAUUUAAGAACACUUUUGUAUCAGAAGACGAUGAAUAAAACUUUUUGGUUUCCAUUAA